UUAUUAUUAUUACUAUUAUUAUUGUUAUUAUUUCUCUUUCUUUCUUCUCCGAUUCUUGCGUUCUCUUUGAACUUCAAACUUGAACAAUGAAACUAAAUAUGUGAACACUAACGUUUGUGUUGUGUUUCAUGUGUUGUUUAUUGUUUUGGAUCUUUCUCUAAGCUAUGAUGAAUCUAAGCAACAACGGAAAAGGAUCAAUUUCUACUGUUACUUCAACUGCUACUACUAUGAAAUCCGGUGAAGGUUCCGAUCAGUUUCCGGCGGGUUUACGAGUUCUUGUUGUGGAUGAUGAUCCUACGUGUCUUAUGAUUCUUGAGAAGAUGUUGCGCACAUGUCUUUAUGAAGUAACGAAAUGCAAUCGAGCUGAGACGGCACUUUCACUACUCAGAGAGAACAAGAAUGGAUUUGAUAUUGUUAUCAGUGAUGUGCAUAUGCCAGACAUGGAUGGAUUUAAACUCUUAGAACAUAUUGGAUUGGAAAUGGACCUUCCAGUUAUUAUGAUGUCUGCCGAUGAUGGUAAAAGUGUUGUUAUGAAGGGUGUAACACACGGUGCUUGUGAUUACUUGAUUAAACCUGUUCGUAUUGAGGCUUUGAAGAACAUAUGGCAGCAUGUGGUUCGGAAGAAAAAGAACGAGUGGAAAGAUACAGAGCAAUCAGGUAGUGCUGAUGAGGGAGAUCGACAUCCGAAGGCAUCUGAUGAUGCUGAUUAUUCGUCUUCUGCUAAUGAAGGAAAUUGGAGAAACUCGAGAAAGAGAAGGGAUGAUGAAGAGGAAGGUGACGAUAGAGAUGACUCGUCAACACUAAAGAAGCCUCGGGUUGUUUGGUCUGUCGAGCUCCAUCAACAGUUUGUGGCUGCUGUGGAUCAACUAGGAAUUGACAAGGCUGUUCCCAAAAAAAUUCUGGAAUUGAUGAAUGUUCCUGGGCUCACUAGAGAAAAUGUUGCCAGCCACUUGCAGAAAUAUCGAUUGUAUCUUCGAAGGCUGAGUGGAGUUUCUCAGCACCAGAAUAAUUCAUUUCUCAGCCCACAAGAGGCAUCAUUUGGCACGAUUUCGUCAAUGAACGGACUUGACCUUCAAACUCUUGCAGCAGCUGGCCAGCUCCCAGCGCAAAGUCUAGCCACUCUUCAGGCAGCAGGACUUGGUAGGUCAACUGUGAAAUCAGGCUUACCAAUGCCUCUCAUGGAUCAAAGGAACCUUUUCAGUUUUGAAAACCCAAGGUUGAGAUUUGGAGAAGGGCAACAACAACUUUUGAAUGGUAGUAAUAAUAAACCAACAAAUCUUCUUCACGGAGUUCCUACUAACAUGGAGCCAAAGCAACUCGCCAAUUUGCACCAGUCUGCAGCACAGUCCCUCGGCAACAUGAAUAUGCGAGUCCCCGCUUCUGCUACACAGGGAAAUCCCUUAUUGAUGCAGAUGGCACAAUCCCAACCUAGAGGACCAAUGCUAAGUGAAAAUACUGGUUCUCAUGUUCCAAGAUUACCGAACCUCUUGGGGCAGUCUACUGUGUCAAAUGGAAUUUCUGACGGUCUUAUGGGGAGAAACAACAUGGCUAGUAGCAGUAGAGCGCCUUCGUUUAAUCCUGUUCCACAGAGCUCUUCGUUUUUGAAUUUUCCCAUGAAUCAAAGCACUGAAAUGUCUGUUAGUAAUUUCCCUCUUGGAAGCACUCCAGGUAUAUCUAGUAUCACAACCAAAGGCUCAUUUCAAGCCGAAGUUAAUUCGGGAAUUAAAGGAUCAGCUGGAUUUCCAAGUUAUGAUAUUUUUAACGAACUGAACCAUCAGAAAUCCCGGGAUUGGGGGAUGACAAACCAAGGUCUAAUGUAUGAUUCCUCAUCGCAUGCAAAUCCUUUACAUGGCAACAUCGAUGUCUCUCCGUCGGUUUUAGUCCAUCAGGGCUUUUCUUCUGCUCAACAAACCGGACAUAGCAGAGAUGCUUCUUUGCUUGGAAAAUCUCCUUUCUCUCUUGGAGAAGGCUUGGAACAAGGUAAUCUCCAAAAUGGUGGCGGUCAACAUUUCAAUCCUCUUUAUGUUGAAAAUUUAACAAGGGUUAAGGCUGAAAGAGUUCCUGACGCGAGCUCCCAUACUGACCUCUUCCCUGAUCAUUUCGGGCAGGAUGAUCUCAUGAGUGCACUUCUGAAACAGCAGGAAGGCAUUGGACAAGGCGAGAAUGAGUUUGACUUUGACGGGUAUUCUCUGGACAACAUUCCUGUCUAGAAGAGACUCUUGCCAGUUCUUUCUGAUUGCAGUUACCAGUGUAAAUAGUUGCUGUCACAUAUGCACGAUAUCAUUCUGCAAUUAGCUAUUUUCAAUCCGAGUCUAAAUUAUUCGACAACAGAAUUUCAUUGAUGUCAAAUAUUCAAACUUCUGGGAGUAGUGUACUAAAAUGGUUUAGUCUGGACACUCACAGUUGAUCAAGCUGAAUCAACUACAGAACUUGACCGCAUAAAAUGCACAAGGCAUGUGCAAUUUUUGACUGCUGCUAUUGUAGCCACAUUUCUAGCAAUGUUCUAAUUUUAGGGUGUUCUUGAAGAGGUAUGUUUGGGUUAGGGCAGUAUUGCAGAAGCAAGGUUUUGAUAAAUCUGCAAACUCGCGUAGGAGUAUUUCUAACUUAAAUACAAAUAAUGAAAAAUAUUUCUCCGUUUCCUCUUUUAAUUUUAUGUUCUUCAAAGUAAAUGACUGUCGUGUGUAAAUAUUUUUAUUUGGUUGCUCAAGACAUUUGUUCUGACUAUUCUUUUCCGGAUGUUUAUGUUCGUCAAUUGGUAGUUUCAUGUUUUUAUGUUGAAGUUAUGGAUUCUUUGUACAUGAACAUGAUUUGGUACUUAGUUCCGGAUUAUUUGUGAUUUUAUGUUAUGGUUAUUGGCUA